ACACCCAUUUGGUGGCCGUUGAAAUAGCACACCACACCAUCGUCCAUGCUGAGCGGCCACCGCCUAACCAGCUUGGUUAUGCAACGGCCGAGAGACACAUCCUCACUUUAGGUCGGAUUUCCUGAUACCCCCAUUUGGCUGAUUCCAAGGUCAAACACAACCGGUCAAUCGGGCGGAUCCGCGCAUAUGUUUGUCUUCGCUCAGGUACGAUCGGAUCAGCGGCUUCAUCGGCUUAGCGCACCUGAUGACCUUGAAACGCGAGAGGUGUACAUGGAUCGACGUUGCGGACACGGUUAGCUGAUCUGGCCCUUGGCACGUCUGACCAAUCAGCGAGCAGAGAAUGGCUUAUCCGUUUAGCAUUCGAUGGUGGGACAGACAUAUCCAAUGACGUGCAGAAUUACGUAAGAAUCCACACGCAAGUCAGGCCGACAUGACGGUGUGGCGCGCGUGCACUUGGUCAAUCCAAUCAUGCUGUCCUCAUAGUGAUCAAUCGGGUUUGCUGUCUCCAUUGGUGGAAAGGCCGAACUGACGUUCGCUGAGUGAGGGUGAAUACGAGCAACAGCCUGCAUCGACUGACUGGUUGUCCGACCGCUAGGCAGUCCAAGCCGGCUAUUUUCUCGACUUAUUUUUUGGUUGAUGAUUUUCCGAGAAUCCUUAUUUUACUACUGGUUUGGCCCGCCUUGCACAUGUUUUGAUGUCGGAAUUUUCUUCUUCAACUAGGGUCGUCCACACCCAAAGAGAUAAUGAGCGGAGCCAGUGAAAACGCAGACCCAUUGGCAACCCUGGGGGCCUAUAUUCACUUGAAUGAGGACGACUGGUUACAGCUGUUGCAGAAGCUGACUCCCUCAAGUAUAAAUAACCUGCAGCAAACCCUCAAGCGGAUUCAGCAGCAAGAAUUAUCUACACCGGCAACAGAUGGGGUGAACCUCCUCCCCACUAGUUCUCAGCCAUGUGCGUCUUCGUUACCUACUUCUACCCUACCCGAGUCAGCAGUGUCCCAGCACCAAGGGACACCGACAGUAAUGUCAAUGGGAAUACCUAAACCUACUAUGCCAUCUGUGAUUACCGUUCCUCCUGUGUUAAAUGUGUCAAGGCCCGCUCCUUCCUCGAUGCACAACGCAAUUGUGCUUCCGUCUUCGGCCCUCCUGAUAUCACCUUCGGAGCCUGGCCGAACGCUCUCAAUUGACCCACUUGUUUCCGUUUCCGGGAUCAAUCGGUUUGUAGUUACUGGGGACGGUCUGAUCGCAGCGCCUCCUGGACCAUCUGCAACUGUUGCCGCCGGAGAUACAUUUAAUAGCCUCAAUACACUGGCAAGUGCGGCAGUUGCUGUGGCUGAAAAUGCAUCCAACCAGGUUCAGUGGUCCUCGGGCAUUUUCGGUGUGUCUAAACCAACCACUGUAAAGCCUACCCGAUUUUCCACCACUCCACUGGCUAGUGACUGUUCCACAAUUAAUACUCCAGUCGUCGCCAAUAAAACCACCAUGGAUGGACUGUUGAGUUCUUUGUGUCAGCUUCAGUCAUCUGAUUUGUCCUCUCAACUGUUUUCCACUGCGGGAGCCACCGGUAUGACAGUUUACCCUUUACGAAUGUCUGCCAAUGGAUCGACCGUUUUUCUCACAGCCUCACCAUCCGGCAAAAAUGCAACAUUUGCUCAUGGUCUGAAUAUAAUUGGCGCCAACGCAUUAAGAACGGCAAACCAGGUAUCACCUGUGCUUACCGUUGCUUCCACUACUCCACUGAUCUCGUGCUGUUCCAGCCCAGUUAACACUACCCCUAUUCCCUCAAACACCGUAUGUUGUGGCUCAGUGACGAUGGCCAGCCCGUCAUCAGUACUAACAUCUACUCCCAGGGCCAAACCGAAAUUUAAAGCGCUAUGGGAGACCAGCUUGCAACUGGACGAGGAUCAUAGCAUAAACAGUACUCUAGCCACUUCGGAUUUUUCUGACCCUGUAAAUCCCAGUGUUGGGCGAUCUGACGGUCUAAGCACGAGUUCCCCAAUCCUCCUCUCCAGCGGCAGCAACAGCAGCGGUCAACGUCAGUCACCAAUGCUGCGAGUCAAGUCCAUUGGACAAACACAUAAACGAUUGGCUGCCUCAGCGGCUUCCUUUUCCGAUGAACAGCGGUCCCCUACCCAAGAUGGGCCGAAGAAAUUACUUCUGUUGUGCUCCCAAUCAAAAAGCUUUGAAGACUAUUCAUUUUCGACUACCUCGUCCUCCGAAUCCGUGUUGACUAGGGGGCUUCAACCGCGAAUAUCUCCUGUUAAAACUACACGGCCAGAUGGAACUGAGGCAAGCUUGACGAGCUCCGACCGCAGGGAGGUCCCAUCCAAUCGGCCACUCAUCGCUCCGGCUGUAACACACGGCGACCCACGCACAACCACCUGCCAGCUCGCCGUUGACCAAGAUCCGGUUGCUGUGGUAGUGGACUCACGAGGAGAGAUGGUGCUUUCUAAACACUUUGAAGGUGGUCGUCCAACAAUAAAGGAGGAGCCGAUCGGCGAGGAUGAAGCACGUCGCCGAGCAAAGCGUCGAGAACGAAAUCGUGUAGCUGCCGCGCGAUGCCGACAGAGGCGUCAGGAUCAAAUUGUGGAGCUACAGCACCGUGUUGGAAUUCUUACGAAGACCGGAGAAGAUCUACGCUCCACUCUUCACGCUCUCAGCAAAGAGCGCUGUCGGCUAGAGACACUUGUCCACGAACAUGGGCUUGCUGGAUGUACCGAAGCUCAAGAGUUGCUCAAAAGUUUAUCUUCACUCACCGAUGCAUCUGAUUCGACAGGCGCUUGUGCAGAUGACUCGGUAGACCCCAGGAUAUCUUCAUCCUCUUACGUGAACCUGAAUGAGAUGGUAUGCACGUCCAUUUCUACCACACCCAGCCCGACUUCAUCCAGUUUUUUAAUGAUCACCAACCGCGCAGGCACCAAACCGGAUCCAGACGGAGCUUGCUCGGCCAUAACCGACAGGCCGACCCUCACCAAACUGGACAUAAGACGGGCAUCGCAGUUAACAUCCCUCCCUAACUCUGUGGCAACGAAACGACAGUCAUGCGAUUUGGAAUCACUUUCCAAUAGUAAUGGCGACAUUAGGGUAAAAUCAGAGGCACCAGGCAUGAACAUCAGUGGACCCGGCCCUCCUGUGAUCAUCACAGAUUUGCUGCCGAGAUGUUCGCCUCCGCUGUCGGUAUCCUCCACAAAUGUAUCGAAACUGGCUGCUAGACCUAGUACGCUCAUUUUUCCUAAAGCUGCAACAGAAUCAUCCCAACUAUUGACAGAACAGCCACCUACAACUACUGUUCCGGGAAGUAGUUUGCCAGAUACUACAGCGAGCUCUUCAGCGGAUACACCCCUACCCUGCUUCUGGCCAUCAGAUUUGCAAACCUUCUCACCCAUCCUCACUCCAUCCACAUGGAAGUUGUUGAAGAACCUCACCUCGGGUUCUUGCAGCACACCACAAUCGUUUAUUCUAACGCCCAACUUUAAUUCACUGUACCAAACUCUAUCCAUCAGUAAUUUGAGCAGUCCAGCUACCGGCGGUAUUUUUUCUUCUGGUACUGCGGGUAGUGUUCCGGACUCAAGGAGUUCGGUCAACAGCGUCCCCAUGAACGCGGCACACAGUGCCGCUACGGAGAUGGUUCCUGAACUGGGGAAAACUGUGGGUGAGGACACCGGCGUUUCAGGUGAUGGUGUACAGUCCAGUUGCCAAGCAGUUCUACUAUCAUUUAUGAACUGUGAUAAAACAGAGAAGAUGGAAGAUGUGAACGCCUCGAACAAUCAUUGAACAGUAUUGUUGGAACUUAGUCUUUCCACUCUUACCCUUUUGUACAAAGAUGUAGCCUAGCAGUUGUGCCAUUUUGCUUUUUCGACUGAACAGCGCGACACAUUUUCUCACCAACUUCGUCUCUCAAAUACAGUGUGGCAAGCCGAUGGAACCAUCCUUUUCUGGGGGAAGGAUUCUUGACGAAACAGAUACUUUUACCCGUCUUUGCAUUAAGACUUCCCCCCCCCCCGAUUUAUCUACUUUCUAACAAUCUUCAUGCUUUCUUUUUGGGAGUCACCAGUCACAUGAAAGUCUACAUGUGUAUUUAAAAAUGGCAUUUGCCGUUGUCUUUCCAUUAUAGUGAGCAAGCUCAGCAUACUCUCACACUUCAGAUUACUUCACUAUUGUUACCCAUUACUCAUUCACUUGUCCAUACUAUAGUCCACUCCAACCAGGAUCAUAUACUCACACUGUGCUUGCCGACUUAGACAGUCACUCGUCUGUAUUGCUUUCAAUCUCAUUCAUCUUCUUAUUAUGAUACCCGGAGCCAGAGUGCACCUUCAUCUACCUCAAUCCCACUCGCCUACCUUUCGAUGUAAUCCACCACAACUCUUCCUCCAGGUUGUCUCAUUCAUUUCACUUGAUCUGAUCUGGCUGCAUAUUUCCUCCGACUGUGGUUUUUCGCAACUCAAAGUCGCCCAUUUGUUAAAUCAUCCGCAAUAAUGUGUGGUCAUGCAGCUUCCAUUAGCGCUUGCUCAUGCUACCUGUUUCCCCUCAAUCACUCCUCCCCCAUCACAGCUUGUGUGCUUAUAUUCCCUCGUGUGUGUUACUUCGUCGCCAGUCAUAUUGUCACUGUACACAAGUGCUUGGCGGCUAUGCGCAGAAAAUCGCGGGCCGUUUUACCGCCCCUCAAUGCAGUCAUCUGGCAUGACCAGGCUUACGUCUUAGACAUGAUGGGCGAGAUUUGUUUGUAUGUUCGGAUGCUCUCUCCGUUCUCACCUGUGAUGAUAUAUUUCCGACUCAUUUACUAUUUUCUUGCUAUGCUGCUUCUCACUUGAAGAUGUUCACAGCGUUUUCGUACUUCCUCAACUUCAUUCGCAUGGCUGUUACAGUGCUCCAGCCCUCUCUGAACACAUGCCCUCCUCCCAUGGUAGGGACUGUCUUCUUUCCAAUAUCCCCCACACACCUCGACGCUAGAUGAAUCGGUCCUGCACUCUUCACUUUCACUGACAUGUUGUUUCUUCCAUCUCUUCACACACAUGCGAAUCGAGAGUUUUCCGAAUCUUUCAUUCAGACUCCGUCGUCCCCGUCCUAGUCAAACCCAGUUUCGGCGGUCACUUAAAAAGACCACAUGCAGUUUGCUGUCUGUUCUAAUUUGGAAUCUUCUUUCGUCUAGUUUUUUGUUUCUUUUUGUUUUUAUCCCGGAUGAGUUUGUUGUGACGAUUCGUCAACACAGUUGUACAAUUAGAACUGUUUUAGAUUCGGACCACUUGUCUUUCUGAAAGCUAUCUGCAAUAUAUGCUUCCCGUCAUGUUUGCGUGUACAUGUGUCACGUAUUUAUACGCCCAUGUAUGUAUAUACACGUAUAUAUGUAUAGAUACACACCUAUAUAUGGUACACCGCCUC